CGUCACCUCCCGUCGCGCCCUCUGACGUUUCCCGUCGCGCUUCAGGCGAGCGGCUGAGGCAGAAGGCAGGUGAAGACCACUGCUUGCCCUUUCCAGCUCAGGAAAGAAGAUGGUAACCAUGCUUCACUUAUGAAAACUCCUGCUUGCAUCUUAAUACACAAUGUCCCUGCUGUUCCUUCGCUCCAAGUCCAUCAUCACUAGCAAAAAGGACAAGAGACAUAUGGCGGACGUCAGUGCCUCCCCCCUUAAGCAUUUUGUCACUGCCAAGAAAAAAAUAAAUGGCAUCUUUGAACAGUUGGCAGCUUACAUCCAGGAGAGCUCCGUGUUUCUGGAGGAAAUACACAAGAAUGGUGAGCUUGACCCUGUCACCACGGAAGAGCAGGUGUCAGAGGUCAAGGGCUACCUGUUCAAGGUCAGCGGGAUCAGCGAAGUGCUGGCAAGGCGACACAUGAAGGUGGCUUUCUUUGGGCGGACGAGUAAUGGGAAAAGUACUGUGAUUAACGCCAUGCUGUGGGAUAAAGUCCUUCCCUCUGGGAUCGGCCACACCACCAACUGCUUCCUGAGAGUGGAGGGGACGGACGGCCAGGACGCCUUCCUGCUCACCGAAGGGUCCGAAGAGAAGAAGAGCGUCAAGACGGUAAACCAGCUGGCUCACGCCCUCCACCAAGAUGAAUUGCUAACGGCCGGGGGUCUGGUCAGCGUCAUGUGGCCGAAUUCCAAGUGCCCUUUGCUCAAGGAUGAUCUUGUUUUGAUGGACAGCCCUGGAAUUGACGUCACCACCGAGCUGGAUAGCUGGAUUGAUAAAUUCUGCUUGGAUGCCGAUGUCUUUGUCUUGGUGGCCAACUCCGAGUCGACGCUGAUGCAGACGGAGAAGCAAUUCUUCCACAAAGUCAACGCUCGCCUCUCUCGGCCCAACAUUUUCAUUUUAAAUAACCGCUGGGACGCUUCGGCCUCCGAACCGGAAUACAUGGAGGAGGUUCGCCGACAGCACAUGGAACGUUGCACCAGCUUCCUGGUGGACGAGCUGGGCGUGGUGGACCGUGCCCAGGCUGGCGAUCGCAUUUUCUUUGUCUCUGCGAAAGAGGUCCUGAAUGCCCGCAUCCAGAAGGCUCAGGGUAUGCCCGAAGGAGGCGGGGCACUGGCCGAGGGUUUCCAAGUGAGGAUGUUCGAAUUCCAGAAUUUUGAGCGGAGGUUUGAGGAGUGCAUCUCGCAGUCCGCCGUCAAGACCAAGUUUGAGCAGCACACAGUCCGAGCCAAGCAGAUUGCGGAGGAGGUCCGGCACAUCAUGGAUUCCGUGCAUGUGGCCGCGCAGGAACAGAGGGUUUACUGCAUGGAGAAGUGGGACGACCGCCACGAGCGCCUGGGAUUCAUCGAGAAACAGCUGGACCUGCUCACUCAAAGCUACAAGUUGAAAAUCAAGGAGAUCACGGAAGAGGUUGAGCGCCAGGUCUCCAACGCCAUGGCAGAAGAGAUCAGGAAGCUCUCGGUGUUAGUGGAUGAUUUUCAGCUGGAUUUCCACCCUUCCCCCGUGGUCCUGAAGGUUUAUAAGAAUGAGUUACAUCGGCACAUUGAGGAAGGCCUGGGCCGAAACAUGUCAGAUCGCUGCUCUGCUUCCAUUGCCUCCUCUUUGCAGAUCAUGCAGCAAGAAAUGAUUGAUGGGCUGAAGCCGCUCCUCCCCGUUUCCCUGAGGGGGCAGAUCGAGCUGCUGGUCCCCAGGCAGUGCUUCACCCUCAGCUACGACCUGAACUGCGACAAGCUCUGCGCCGACUUCCAGGAAGACGUCCAGUUUCAUUUCUCCCUCGGCUGGACCAUGUUAGUGAACCGGUUUCUGGGCCCCAAAAACACACGCCGGGCCUUGAUGGGCUACGGCGACCAGGUCCAGCGUCCGUUGCCCCUGACCCCGGCAAACCCAAGCCUGCCCCCCAUGCCACAGGGGUCCUUGACUCAGGAGGAGCUGAUGGUCUCCAUGGUAACCGGCCUGGCCUCCCUCACAUCCAGGACUUCAAUGGGCAUCCUUGUGAUCGGUGGAGUGGUCUGGAAGGCGGUGGGCUGGAGGCUGAUCGCCCUUUCCCUGGGCCUCUACGGACUCCUGUACGUCUACGAGCGCCUCACCUGGACCACGAAGGCGAAAGAGAGGGCCUUCAAACGCCAGUUUGUGGACUACGCCGGGGAGAAGCUUCAGCUCAUCGUCAGCUACACCGGCUCCAACUGCAGCCACCAAGUUCAGCAGGAACUGGCGGGAACCUUCGCUCAACUAUGCCAGCAGGUGGAUGUGACGAGAGACGAUCUAGAGAAAGAAAUUGCAGGCCUGAAUCAAAAGAUUGAGAUUUUGGAUACUUUACAGAGUAGAGCCAAGUUACUUAGGAAUAAAGCUGGGUGGCUGGACAGCGAGCUGAACAUGUUCACACAUCAAUAUUUGCAGCAGAGCAGAUAAGCCACUGAAAUGGGAGUCCACCAGGAGUCUGGCUGUUUCCCUCUCCUUCCCAGUCAUGCUACUGGGAAAAUAAUUCCAGAUGACGGGAACUUUGGGGGGGGGGGGGCACUGGAAGUCUCGUUCCCCUUUGCGCCUGUCCCUUCCAUGCACACAGUUAAUUUUGAAACCUGUUUCCCUUUCUCCUCACGUGGGCGCUUCUAUUCUCAUAGCCAGCCCUUGCAAUCUUAGCAGUUUUUGGCUUAGUAAGAAGAACGUUGACAAUCCCGACAGUAGGCUGGGGUAUCCCAAACCCUGCAUCUAAUCUCUUGACUCAUUUUCGAUGAAAUAGCAACUUAAUUUGCAUAUAUAUUUUUUUUAGUGGGUGUGGAAUGAAAUUAACCCUGAUGCCUGCUUGCCACAAAUGAAUGAGACUGUUCCUCCCGAAGGGAAAUCUUAUCCUAAUUUAUAGGACAAAUGUUUGGUGCAUCCUAGACUAAUUUCAGAGCUCGGCUUCUGAAUUUUGGAAAGCAAGGAACAAUAUUUGGUUGGGUUUCUUCGACCUUGAGAUCCCAUCUUCUCCUUACGCGCUUGUGACGUAGCGAGUGGAUUAAAUGUUCUGUGCUGAUCCUCAGAUUUCUGUGAUCUGAUUAUGAUCACCAUGUCUUUCCCUGCGGCUUUUGCCCUAAAACGGAGCCUCCUAAAGGGGCUAGUCCUUAUGAAGUUAACUGAGUUGAUUUCAAACACAAAUGAAUUUAUUAGAGGGUGUGUGUGCAGGUGGACCGAGAGUGAUGCACGAAGUUAAGACGGAUGAAAUGUAAGAAAAAGAUUCCAAGGGGAAAAUGUAGACAAUGACAUUUUGUGUCUCCUUCAAGCGAGGAUAGAUAGAAUUAAUCAGCUGUAAUGGAUUUUUGACCACUUAUUUCUCUACAUUUCCCCCCCUUUGCCCUUCCUUUGUUUAUGAACCUUUUCACGACUUCUUCAAUUAUCUCUUGCACCUUUCAAUUAUUAUUUUGUUUUAGGAAGAGAAAUAAGGACGUUGCUCCCUUUUCAAUCCAGCCCCAUCCCUUUUCAAAAUUCAGUUUCCAAAAUACACCUACAUCGGCAGAUAAUAUGAUUUCCUCCUGGGCCCACUCAGGAGGUAUCGGUUUUGGAAGGGGGCAUGCACUGGGAGUGGCUUGUGCCAGUCUAAUCUGUGCAGAGGUCGCAGUUGGGAUUAUUCUGGGGGUUUUUUUUGGACCGAAAGACACUCCAAUACCAUGGCUUUCAAUCUUGGCAUUUUGAAGAUGCGUGGACUUCAACUCCCAGAAUUCUCGGUCAGCUGGCUAGAGAAUUCUGGGAGUUGAAGUCCACGCAUCUUCAAGCUGCCUCCACCAUGCCUCCUCCAUGUGAUUUUUUAAGUGUCUUCCCAUUGGGGUCUGGGUUCUCCCUCCUUUCCUCACCGUUCUCAGUUGGGGGGCAUUUCAUUAUCUUUCUGGCCAGCUCAGCCAAUUUUUUGAGAAUCUGACAAUUUGGGGUUUGGCCAUUGAUCGGUUAAGCGUGGACCCCCUAAAAACGCUGUGGGUUAACAAGGUUUUCCCCAGAAAUGCACUUUACCAUUUGUUUUUAAUGCUGCUAGUGUUAAUUUUAAUUUCUAGCCAGGCCUUCAAAAUCUUCCUUGAUGGUGUUUUCUCUGUUUUAUUUUUUUUGGGGGGGCCUGUAGGAUUUGGGAAUAACGAUGCUAUUAACUCACUUUGACCUGAUCCUGUUUCUAGCUGCAUCAGUGCUGUUAAUAACCGCAAAACGGAAUUAAAAAAGGAACACAUGGAUGGAGAGUUCUUUUGUUUUCUUGGAUAAAAAAAUGCUUUUUCUUUGGUAAA